UCGUCUUUGACAGCAGAGUUAUCUGACUCUCCCUGCAGCCCAAAGCCCUGCAAACAGCACCAGCAGCCCGCUGAUCUCGUUAGGGACGUGUGCUCCUGUCCAAGACAACUACCUCAGCCCGUCUGGGAGGAAAAAAAGCAAACAAAACAAACCGCAGCAGCAGCAAAGAUGUCCAAAGACAUGGAAGGGAAGAGCGAGAAGAUAAUGGAUAUGGAGAGCAAGGUGUUGUGGUACCCAGACUCCAAGAUGAACACACGGAUGGACUCGUUUCGGAAGCAGGUCAACUCCAACUACGGCUUUAAUCUGGUCAACUACAGUGACCUUUACCAGUGGUCGGUGGAUAAUUAUGCAGAGUUUUGGGCAGAAGUGUGGCGCUUCUGUGGAGUAGUCUGCUCGAAAACAUGUGAGGAGGUGGUGGACGUAUCCAAGCAGAUCUCGGACGUGCCAGAGUGGUUUAAAGGGGCUCGGCUCAACUACGCGGAGAACCUGCUCAAACACGAAGACCAGGACAAAGUGGCUCUCUAUGCUGCAAGAGAGGGGGACGAGGAGAUCGUGAAGGUGACGUUUGGGGAGCUGAGGCGGGACGUGGCUCUGUUUGCUGCAGCCAUGAGGAAGAUGGGGGUCCAGACCGGAGACCGGGUUGUAGGCUACUUGCCCAAUGGCGUCCACGCGGUGGAGGCCAUGUUAGCCGCAGCCAGCAUCGGAGCCAUCUGGAGUUCCACGUCCGUCGACUUCGGAGUCAAUGGAGUCCUCGACAGGUUUUCUCAGAUCCAGCCCAAACUGAUCUUCUCUGUUGCCGCUGUGGUUUACAACGGCAAGACUCACGACCACAUGGAGAAGCUGACCAGCGUUGUGAAAGGCCUGCCGGACCUGAAGAAGAUAGUCGUAAUUCCCUACGCUCGCUCCAGACACCAAACUGACCUCUCCAAGAUCCCCAACAGUGUAUUUAUAGACGACUUCCUGGCAUCCGGGCGGGGCGAGGGCGACCAGCUUCCCCAGCUGGAGUUCGAGCAGCUUCCGUUCAGCCAUCCUCUCUUCAUCAUGUACUCCUCCGGUACCACGGGAGCUCCCAAAUGUAUGGUGCACUCAGCUGGGGGCACCCUCAUCCAGCACUUGAAAGAGCACGUUCUGCACGGCAACAUGACCGCCAGUGAUGUCAUCAUCUACUACACCACGACCGGCUGGAUGAUGUGGAACUGGCUGGUGUCGGCCCUGGCGGUCGGCGCCUCCGUGGUUUUAUACGACGGCUCGCCCCUGAUGCCGACGGCCAACGUGAUGUGGGACCUGACGGACCAGCUGGGCAUCACUAUCUUUGGUACCGGGGCCAAGUGGCUGGCUGUGCUGCAGGAGAGGAACCUCAAACCCUCGGAAACGCACAACCUCCAGUCUCUGCACACCAUCCUGUCCACAGGCUCCCCUCUCAAACCUCAGAGCUACGACUACGUCUACCGCUGCAUCAAGGGCAACCUGCUGCUGGGCUCCAUCUCAGGCGGCACUGACAUCGUGUCCUGCUUCAUGGGUCAGAACCCCACCGUCCCGGUGUAUCGGGGGGAGAUCCAGACCAGGAAUCUGGGCAUGGCUGUGGAAGCGUGGAGUCCUGACGGUAAGCCGGUUUGGGGGGAGAGCGGGGAGCUCGUCUGCCUGAAGCCAAUCCCCUGUCAGCCAACUCACUUCUGGAACGACGAGAACGGAAGCAAAUAUCAUAAAGCUUACUUCUCCACUUAUCCUGGCGUGUGGGCCCAUGGGGACUACUGUAAAAUCAACCCGAAGACUGGAGGCGUCGUGAUGCAGGGUAGAAGUGACGGGACGCUGAACCCCAACGGAGUCCGUUUUGGGAGCUCGGAGAUCUACAACAUUGUGGAGGCUUUCGAGGACGUGUCGGACAGCCUUUGCGUCCCCCAGUACAACACGGACGGAGAGGAGCGGGUCAUCUUGUUCCUGAAGAUGGUGCCUGGAAAGGCCUGCUCCCCAGACCUGGCCACCAGGAUCCGAGGAGCCAUCCGCAAAGCCCUGUCGGCCCGACACGUCCCCGCCCUGCUGCUGGAAACCAAAGACAUUCCUUACACCAUCAGUGGAAAGAAGGUGGAGGUGGCGGUGAAGCAGAUCGUGGCCGGCCGGGAGGUGGCGCAGCGGGGCGCCUUCUCCAACCCCGACUCACUGGACCUCUACAAGAACAUUCCCGAGCUGAAAAACUAUUAGAAAUGAGACUUUGCAGAAGCGGGGAAUAGACUUGCAACGGAAGAAAA